AUGUCCGAUUCAAAUCUUGUAAAUACCAACAAUGACUAUAAAUACUUACAGGAACUGAUUUCUGAUGAGGUUAAAGACAUCAUUCUAACGGUCAACUAUGUUUCGAUCUGCGGCACUCUCAGCGUGUUUGGGCUAGUAGCUAAUGUCAUGAACGUCGUGGUCUUCCUCAGGAUGGGCCUUAACGACGCGGUCAACGUUAGCCUGAUGGGGCUCUCCGUGGCAGACGUGUUCUCCAUGAUAUUUCUGCUGCUGGAGAGCGCCUGCUUUAACCCCAUGUUUCAGAACAUCGGGCUGCCGUUUGCUUUGAUGGAGGUGCAGUUCAUCGUCGGAGGCUGGCCGCACAUUUGCUUCACGCGAACCGUCAGCUGGAUCACGGCUUUCAUCACGUUUGAGCGCUGCAUCUGCAUCGCCCUGCCCUUGAAGGUCAAGUCCAUCAUCACGGCGACCAGGACAAAGUGCUUCGUCGUCAUGGCGUUCCUCAUCGUGGCCGGCUCCGCGGCGCCCGAGUUCUACGUCAACCAGUUCGUCUGGAAGUUCUACCCGGAGAAGAACCGAUCCCUCAUCGGCCUGCACUUCGUGGAGGAUCGCGACAAGUUCGAGAAGGUCACCUUUCCUCUUAACAACGUCAUCAUGCAGUACCUGGCCUUCUCAGUUGUCCUUGUCUGCACCAUCAUACUCGUGGUCAAGCUUAACGAGAAAACAAAGUGGCGCAGCGUUUCCGCCAGGGGGGACAACACAAACACCAUUUCCAACAAGGACAGGAAGGUCAUUAAAAUGGUCAGCUUCGUGUCGGCCGCUUUCAUCGUUAGCUAUCUCCCUUCCAGCAUCCUGUUCAUGGCUAUGGCCAUCAAGAGAGACUUCCACCCGUCUGGCUACUUCAACAUUUUUCAUGUUACCUGGUCAUUCGCCUUUGUCCUGGAAGCGGUCAACUCCACAAUCACAAUCAUCAUCUAUUACCAGCUGAGCUCAAAGUAUAAGAAAAUGUUUCUGGCGACAUUCUUAUGUCGUAAAAUUGAUUCAGAAAAGUAA